GGCUGACUUCUACCUUCAUCUCUCUCUCUCUCUCUCUCUCUCUCUGUGAACUGGAGCCGGAGCCGCAGCGCGUAGACGAGAGCGGACCUCUUUCUCCCCCUGAGGGACUGGGCAGACUGGACAGACUGGUGGGACAGUCGGACGGAGAGCGGGCAACCACUACUGCGUCUCUCCAGUUUGAAAUAACAUCUCGCUUGCGGCGUCAGAGAUGACCUGCUUGUGGACGACUGGACUGCUUCUUCUCGCUGUCUGUGCGAAGGUUGUAGUUUGGGCCAACGAUGGGGACGCAGUGUUCAUCAGGGAAUUCACUCUGAUUCGACGAGACCACCUUGCGGAAGAGCCUCUCCAUGAUGCCAGCCAAAAACCAGAAGACCCUAGCUCGCGGACGGCCCGUUCAGAAGAGGACAGAGACACUCUGUGGGACGCCUGGGGCUCAUGGAGUGAAUGCUCCCGGACCUGUGCAGGAGGCGCCUCAUACUCCCUCAGACGAUGCCUCAGUUCCAAGACCUGUGAAGGGCAGAAUAUCAAAUAUCGCACAUGCAGUAAUGUGGAUUGCCCUCCAGAUGCAGGUGAUUUCCGUGCUCAGCAGUGUUCAGCUCAUGCGGACGUGCGAUACCAGGGUCAGUACCACGAGUGGCUGCCUGUGUACAAUGACCCGGACAACCCCUGCGCUCUCAAGUGCAAAGCCAAGGGCUCGGGCCUUGUGAUGGAGCUGGCGCCCAAGGUGCUGGACGGGACACGCUGUUACACCGAGUCCUUGGACAUGUGUAUCAGCGGAGUCUGCCAGAUUGUAGGAUGUGAUCAUGAGUUGGGGAGCACAGCAAAGGAGGACAACUGCGGUGUCUGCAAUGGAGAUGGUUCAUCUUGCAGACUGGUGCGGGGACACUACAAAUCCCAGCAUGCUUCAGGAAAAACUGAGGACACAGUUGUUGCCGUCCCCUAUAAGAGUCGUCAUGUACGUCUAGUCCUGAAAGGCCCGGAUCACUUGUACGUGGAGAGUAAGACUCUACAAGGGGUUAAAGAUGAGCUGAUCUUGGAUAAGUCAGGGCAAUACCACCUGGAGAACACCACCUUGGACUACCAGAAACUUUCGGAUAAGGAGGUCCUGAGAAUCAUCGGCCCCCUUGGAGCCGACUUCACAGUCAAAGUGCAGUUUGCCAGUGGAGCAGACAGUGUGGUCCAGUACAUCUACUACCAGCCCAUCAUCCACCGCUGGAGAGAGACCGACUUCUUCCCUUGCUCCGUCAUGUGUGGUGGAGGGUACCAGCUAACCUCAGCAGAGUGCUUUGACCUCAGGAGUAGCCGGGUGGUUGUGGAUCAGUACUGCCAUUAUUACCCAGAGAACGUCAAACCUAAACCCAAACUCCAGGAGUGCAACAUGGACCCCUGCCUGGCCAGUGAAGGCUACAAGCAAAUUAUGCCGUAUGACCUGUACCAACCCCUGCCUCGAUGGGAGAGCAGUCCGUGGACCGCCUGCUCCACCUCCUGCGGCGGGGGCAUCCAGAGUCGCUCAGUAUCCUGUGUGGAGGAAGACAUGCAGGGUGUCAUCACUACCGCUGAGGAGUGGAAGUGUCUCUACUCCCCCAAGACAGCUAUCCUGCAGCCCUGCAACACCUUCGAUUGCCCCACCUGGCUGGCACAGGAGUGGUCCCCCUGCACGGUGACCUGUGGUCAGGGUCUGCGCUACAGGGUGGUGUUAUGCAUCGAUCACAGAGGACUCCAUGCUGGAGGUUGUAACCCCACCACCAAACCCCACAUCAAAGAGGAGUGCCUGGUGACUGUGCCCUGUUAUAAGUCCAUAGAUACGCUCCCAGUUGAGGCAAAACCUGUGUGGCAUAAGCAGGCCAUAGAGCUGGAGGAGGAGAUCAGCGUUACUGAGGAGCCAACCUUCAUCCCUGGUCCCUGGCAGGCCUGCAGCAGGACAUGCGGCGCCGGGACCCAGCGACGGAGGGUCAAGUGCCAGGUCUUGCUCUCCUUCUCACAAACGGUUGCUGACCUGCCGGAUGACGAGUGUGAGGGGGUGAAGCAUGCCACGAGUCAGCCAUGCUACCGCACUCCCUGCUCUGGUGUUUUGGGCCAAGGAAAGGAAAGUGCAAAGGAGGAAGAGGAAGAAGAGGAGGAGGAGGAGAAGGGGAAGGGGGAGACACCCGAAAGAGAGGAACUGCACGACUGGGAGUAUGAGGGGUUGACGGAGUGCUCAGAGAGUUGUGGUGGAGGUGUGCAGGAGGCUGUGGUCAUCUGCCUGAACAAGCAGACCAGGGAGGCAGCGGACCAGAGCCUGUGUGUGAGCUCCAGUCGUCCCCCGCAACUCCUGCAGGACUGCAAAACUCAGCCCUGCCCACCCAGGUGGGAAACAGGGGAGUGGAGUUCAUGCUCUGCUACUUGUGGGGUUGGUCUGAUGACCCGCACUGUGGCAUGCACUCACCGGCCUUCUCGGGACAGCAACCGUACUGAGGUUUUGAGGGAUGAAGACUGUCAGAGCCCCAAGCCCCGCCCUGUCCAAGCCUGCAACCGCUUUGACUGCCCUCCUAUGUGGGACACACGUGACUGGGGACAGUGCUCCCAGAGCUGUGGUGGUGGAUUUCAAAGGAGGCAGGUCCUGUGCAAACAGCGGUUGGCAGAUGGCAGCAUCCUGGAGCUGCCUGACACCUUUUGCCCCUCCAAGAGCCCCGCGAACCAGCAGCCCUGUGCCAAGCGAGAGUGCCCUCCUCAAUGGGUGACAACUGACUGGUCCCAGUGUUCAGUGACUUGUGGAAAUGGAAUACAGAGACUACAGGCAGUCUGCAGAAAACAAGGGGAAGAUAGGGGACAUUGGACCGUAGACCCGGAGAAUUGUUCCCUGAUGGCCCGGCCCACCAGAAUCCGGCCAUGCUCCCUCAGGCUCUGUGACAACUCUGUCAAGCCCAAUCCCACCAUACUGGCCCAGAGAAAAGUGUAUAUCCAGUGGAGGAAGGGCAAAAAGUUACAGUUGGUAGUGGGAGGCUAUGCCUACCUGCUCCCCUGGACAACUGUGGUCCUUCGCUGCCCAACCCGCCACUUCCGUAAGGGCCACAUCCGAUGGUUGAAGGAAGGAAAGCCUUUGGUCGGCCUCCCACACCUCUCCGUAACAUCACCAGGAUACAUAAAGAUUCAGCAGCUUCGUGCAUCUGAUGCCGGUAUAUACACAUGUGUCGCAGGUCAGGCACAAGAACAUUUUGUCCUCCAGAUCAUUGGCAGCAAGCAGAAGCUCUCUGUUCCAGAGUCAUGGCUCCUCGCAGGUGGCCAACAAAAGGUUGGGCAGUCAGACGCGGCCUCAACCGAGGUAAGGUUUCAGGAGCAUCCCAUCUCUCUCAACCAAUAUGACAACAUUGUUGAGCAUUUGCUUGAACUGAAAGGCUCUCUCCAAAGUAAAAAAGACACUGCUGAUAAAAUACACUCCAGUGAAAAGAACAGGUCGAACCUGGAGGAUGAUGGAGCAAGCUCAGAACUUUCAAGCCUGCUCGUACUUAUCGCCGAUACCCACAGGCUAGAUGAGAUCAUGCCAAGCCUCUCUGAAGGCCUCGGAGGGCCAUUGGGGGAACAGCUCAUCGUACAGUUGCUCAGUGACCUCACUAUGACACGAGGUGAAACCAACGAGUCCACUCUUUAUCCCCUGGAAAGUGCGGAAUCCUCCACGCAAGGGCCCCUCCUUUAUAAUCCAAACAUCAAAGCCCACACGUCCAGGCCAAGAAGCCCGGUGAUAAUCCAACGCCCCAGAAAGGUUGGAGUGGUCCCGUCAUCUGAAACGAUAGUUCAUGUGGGAGUGCCAGUUUUGCUGCAGAAAGCCGUUACUAGUUUGGAGCUGAGGUGCGAGGCACUGGGGAACCCUGAACCAUCCCUGACAUGGACAAAGAAUAGAAAAGAGUUGCAUUACAACAGCAGAGUAAGCCUGUUGUCCACCGGCUCACUGAGGAUCCAGUCUCCAAGCAAGGUGGAUGAGGGUCUGUAUACAUGCACCGCCAGGAACCGUCUCGGAUCUACUUCUCUUUCAUCUUGGCUGCAGAGUACAGGUGGCAAAGGAAGAAACUGUGUCCAUGGUAAUGGUAUGGGAGCAAAUGGCCCUGUUUGUUCUGAGAGGAAUAACGGCAGUCAGUUGGCCGAGGUGUGCCAUGGACAAGCCUGCCCCCUCAGGUGGCGAAUGGAUCCUUGGUCUCCAUGCUCAGCCAAUUGUGGAGGUGGGUCCCAGACCAGGAGGGUCCGCUGCAUGAAGGGUGCUGAGGGCCGAUCAAGAGAGGCGGAGGGCAAGCACUGCCUUGGCACAGGGAGAAGACCCUCUGACACCAGGCUAUGCAACCUACUGCCCUGUGCCAGAUGGGCCACUACCCACUGGGGAGCAUGUCACGGUCAAUGCGUUGGUCCCAGUUUGGCCACACAGCAACGGCAUGUUUACUGUCAAGACACAAAUGCCACCAAAGUCCCCUACAGGAUGUGCAGUGGACUCCACAGGCCCAGUUCCCUGAGGAAUUGCUCCACAGAGGUCUGUGCCCUUCACUGGCGUGUCGGGCCGUGGACGCAGUGCACUGCCACCUGUGGACGCCACGGGUUCCAGUCACGCCAGGUGACCUGCGCGCACUGUCGAACUGGAAAGGCCACACAUGAGCAUCACUGCACGUGGAGGCCUCGCCCUCCCAGCUGGCAACGAUGCAAUAUUUUGUCCUGUGGCAAAGCAGGAGAGUGUCGAGACAGCACGAGGUACUGCGAGAAGGUUCGACAACUGGAGCUUUGUCCGCUGCCCCAGUUUAAGAGCCGCUGCUGUGAUUCCUGCCGAAACACCUGAGGCGGGCACAUAAGACGAGGGUCGUGGACGACCUGGAUAGGUUGGGGAAGAUGCUCAGACAGCCAACAGAGACUUGAAACCUCUACGCCCCCAUACUUUAACCCCAUAACUGUCGUCAGUGAUCAGUCUUGGAUGGGGAUUCCUGAGUGUGGAGGAAUGUUUGGAUGGUCAUACCUAGAAUGGUUGUGAUCUACUUUCCUCACAGAAAUCAUGUGUGCGUUUUAAAUUUGAAGGUUUUGAGUGGAGUCACAGGUCUGUUAAUGAAAGCUUCACUUUUACUUCUUCGGGGGAAAAAAGGAACAUGAAGCUUUCCUAAAUUAUGCAAACGUAACAUCAGAUGUAUUUUCAAUAUGAGUGAUAGAAACUUGUGGUGACUGUGUGGUUCCAUAAAGGGGAACUCAUAAAGGACAACCUAUCCACAUUUAACAUAUCUGGUGUAGUUUUAUUUUUUAAACGGUGCUGCACCACCAGGUUCAAUUGUAGCACCGUCACUUCAUCUCCAAAAUAGGAUGCAUAUUGUCGUGCAAUUUAGCUUACAAUACUCAAAUAUGCAAUUAAAAUACUUUUCUUUUCAAUGAUUGACUUCAUACCCAGGGAUUCUGGGUAGACCCCUGAGCUCGUUGUAACCACUGGAUAGUUGUGUGUUUCUUCUUUAUUGCAAUGGUCUCUGUAACAGUGUUGAUAAAUAGUUCUGAUGCUAAAUGAGCAUAUGGAGGUAUGGGUAAAAGCUUGUUUAAACACAGCAUCAUAUGAAUGGGAAACUGCAAAAAGCCUAACAUUUGAUAAAUGAUAUGCAGUACAUUUGGUAUCGGCCACAUGGGAAAAUAGAUCGUGACCUGCGCUAUCAUUUUGGAUAAUUUAGCACGUAACGACUGGUCAAGUCCUUUUGCAGAGGAAAGGAAUUAGGAUUGCAGGCGCUGUAACUGCAUUUUUUAUUGGAGGAAUAAAAAGUAGGACAUGAUAAAGAUUUAUCUUGCAUGGGUUGCACUAUGGAGGUGUAUGACAGUAGCAAGUCAAUUUUUGGAAAAAAUACAAAGAUUUUGCACUCAACUCAUCCAAGUCUUUGUUAAGAACAUGGCUUGUAGAGUUUUUUUUCUAAUUUGUAAAGUUACAUUUGUUUAUAUAUUUUGUUUUGUGAUUUUGUUAUUUCUUGGAAAAAGAUAUUUGUUCAAAUGUCCCUUUAACCACUUUGUGACGUUUAAACACGAGGAGAAGAGUACCUGCUCAUCCUUUCCACCAAAUUAAAUUUUAGUGUGACAUUUUCAGAAAGCAGUCCUUGGGUAACUCCUCGUCAGUGGACCUUAAAACAUGUAAAUAAUAUGAACUCUGUGUUACAUUUGGAUUAAACAGUAGGGAACCUUUUUAAAGAUCAUCAUUAAUGCACCAUACUCGUUCUAGAUAUGCAGCGUUUGCACACAUUAUGUUCAAUAGGAGUUCCACGAUGCUUCAUCAUCAAGUGCAACACAGACCUUAGCAGGUAACGUGGCCUUUCUAGGUGUGAUUACUUGACUUUGUCAAAGGAAAACAUAAUUAACAUAUUACUUCUGCUCUUAAGUUCUGUAGAUAUUUGUUUUGUCCUUUCAACUAUUUAUUUCAUGUGUGUUCUUGUGCAUAGUUUUGUAAAUAAUUACAGGGGUGGGUUUUAAGUAUGCAUUUCCCAACAGGUUUUUUUGGUAUUUGAUGUGCAUGCAAUGGGGACCCUCUGCUGGUAAACUGAUGUGUUGCUUUCUGCUCGUGCCUGGUGUAUUAUUAAAUAAAACCAAAUACAUUCCUUUUAUAAUCUGUUGUGGUUCUGACUGCAGUAUCUUGUCAAAGUGUAUUAGAGUAUAUUAAAGUGGAUCUAUGAGACA